UUUCUCUCUUUCACUUGUUAGGUGGCGGACUUAGAACACUUGCCGGUACUUAAAAAGCCGGGGGGUGUAAACUUGCCUGUUCGUCUUCUGUGAAGUGCUAAACGGUGUAAACUGCACCAACGUGGCGGGUUGUGCUGUGGUGAAGUCAAGGCUAAGGAAAGUAGGAGAAACCCGAUAAACGGGUUUGCCUUCUUUGAGUGGGCUGGUUUCAGCCGGUAACAGAAAGAAAAUUAGGUUUUGUGGACAAACCGGUAACUGCACACUUUUAGGCUACACCUUCUACUCUAAGUAGCGUAUAUUCAUUUUGAAUAACAAAAAGUAAAGUGUCGGAGUAAUAAAGUGAGUCUCCUUGUUGGUGGGCCGGGCUAUCCUACUUCUUGUCCUCCUCCUCCUCCAGCCGAGGGGUGAACUUGCAGCACUGUGGUCUUUUAUCAGCGAGGUCAAAGGCACGCGAUCUGUGACCAAGCGGGACGGGAUCGCUGUGAGAUGGUGCUAAUGAUCGAGCAGCAACAGCCGAGUCAGCUGCCGCCACCACCGCCUUGUCCGUCUCCGCUUUUGACUCCCGUGGAAGAAGCCAAGCCAUUCCGGUCUGUUAGCAAGAAGGAGCUCAAGGGAGUUACUUUUCACUCUGAAGGAGAAAAUGGGUCUGAAGAGAAACCAAAGAAGGCUGGAAAGCCUCUGGAACUGCUGCAUUCAUUGAAUAUUGAUGCAGAGCUCAGUGAGAUCAAAAAGAAGCAGUCUCCAUCACGGUUAAAGAUCGUUGACCAACAGUUUGCUCAAAAUCCACCUGAAUAUGAAACCAAAAUUGAGAGGAGGAAAUCUUCAUCUACUCAGUUGUCUAAGGCCAACCUACAGUUUCAUAAACUUUUUAAAGAAAUGGCACAAGGUGAACAGCUAAGGCAAAGUUACACUUGUGCAUUACAAAAAGAUAUUCUCUAUCAAGGAAAGCUUUAUGUCUCUGACAAUUGGAUAUGUUUCUGUUCCAAAGUCUUUGGUAAGGAUACUAAGAUUGCAAUCUCAGUCAUGUCUGUUACUCUAAUUAAAAAAACAAAGACUGCCCUACUAGUGCCAAAUGCCCUUGUCAUAGAAACCUUAAGUGAUCGGCACAUGUUUGUGUCCUUGUUAUCCAGAGAUGCAACUUAUAAGUUUUUGAAGUCCAUCUGUGUUCAUUUGGAUAGUAAAAGUGCUGGAACUAGCCCAGUUGCAUCUUCGGACAAUAGUAGUUUCAGAAUGGAGCGCCCAACCUCCUUACCUUUGAAUUUUACAGAUUUCUCUGAUUUAGAUGGUGCAGUAAGACCUCGAAGACAGGAGCUAGAGGAAACGACAAGCUCUGGGUCUCAGACACCCGAGUUUGAAAACGUUGCAGAAUUCCCUGGUGUGACUAAGAAUUUUUUAAAUGUGGUCAAGAGUACUCAAAUUCCUGUCCAUGCAGAUAUCCAUAUUAGACAGAGUCCGGAAAGUAAAAGUUUCCACAGGAAUGAUCACAGCAGAAUAGUGUCCAUUAUGCCCAAAGAAAAAUCUUUUCAGCCCAUGACUUUAAACACCCUUCUUGUACUGUACAUCGUCUUGGUUUGCAUUUUAGUUUUGUCAUCCUGUUACAUGGCUUUCAAAGUAAUGUCUCUGGAGCAACGUUUGUUAUCCUUGGGGACUCCGGCAGAAUAUCGAAGCAAUGAGAACUUGUUUCGUCAAGGCUUUGGUGCCCAGUCUACUUCAAAUGCAGAUGUUUAUGGCGAAUUAACCUCAAACCUUGCAAAACUUGAAAAGAUUCAGAAAAAUCUGCAAAGACUGUUGGAUGAGGCAGAGUGAAUGAAAACUUUAAGCCAUCCUGCUGUGUUAUUUGAAGCUGCUGGCUUCUGAGACCAUGGUGCAUGUGGCUUAUGUCUGCAGGGCCAACUGGACUCUCCACAGUUGGUUGUUUGGAAUAAAAUUGUGUAAAAACUCUGGGAGGUAUCGCUGUAUGAACUACAAGGAGUGCAAUAUAAUUUUUGCUGUUGGUGAUGGAAACACUAUGCACUUAUAUUCAGUAUGCAAUUUCCUGUUAACCAAAGUUUUCCAAAAUUCUGUACAGGUGCUUAAUGGGAUCUUCCUUUGACAACACUCCAGUGUACCAUGUUUUUUUUUUCCCUUUCAAAAAAGCUAUGUGCUGGGCACAUGGGAAAGAACUUGUACUCUUACAUAUCCCAGAUAUAAGAGAAAGGGCCUAUCUUAAAGUUAAAUGUUACAUAUCCAUGAUUUCUCUUGAUUUUUCCACAGAGUACAACUGUAAAAUUCAUUUCACCUUUUAUUGGUGUGUUUUAAACCAUAUUAACUUAGUUAAAAUUUACAUAAAAAUGUAAAAGUCUUCUCACUGUAAGUGUUCUGUUUAUGUAAGCUGAAAUUGUCUGACUUUUUAACCAUUUCUGUGAAAUGUUUGUAAAAAUUUAAAUAAAAGAAAAAUUGACCCUUU